AUGAGUGAAGAAAAUCUCGACGGAUUCGACAUUUCUGUACCAAAAACACCAAGUUUAGAUGAUCUAGGAACGAAAUCUCCUCAGAAAUCGGACCUCCCGUCAUCUCAAAUCCAGAAAUCAGCGAGUUUGGACGAGAUUUCUUUGGAAUCAAACGCAACAACCGAAAUUGGACCGGCAACACAGCCCUUAUUCUUCGACGAUGAAGACGAAAUGAAUCUCGCCGAGUCAACGACCAUGUCCGCGGCGACUUCAACGACUUCUGUCCAUCCGACAUUUAAAUUGGCCGAACCACAAGAAGCGUUCAAUCCGGUCACCGGGGUAACCAUUCGUAGGCUCGAGGAUUUCCAGCUGCAACUAACCAACCGAUCAGCGUUUAGACAUAUGAGAGAAGGAGUUUUCAAAGAAUUGUUCUUGAAGAACCAUAAAUCGUAUAAGGUAAAGGCUGAAGCGCAUCAGAUGGCUGUAGGAUAUACACCAGAUGAAGCUGAGCUCUCUUUAGUACCGGAUAUUCAUAAUGCUACACAAGAAAAGGCAUUAGACCAAUUAUCUAGGAGUAAGAAUAUGACAUUUGAAGAGAAGAUGCAGAAAAAGUUGGAAGAUGAGUACAACGUUACCACAAAAGUUAACAAAUUCUCAUCUCAAAAUAUAUUUGCAGUUGUUACUGAACAAUACAGGCAGAAAGAUACAGUAAUAGCUGCAAACCCUUUACCUGUUAUAGAUGUAAUACCAGAUGAUGAAGGACCACUCAUAAAAUUCGCAAAUAAUGUUUUCACUUCUGAAUUGUUUGAUGUCAAAAAAGAUUCUGAAGUUUACAAACCAACAGAAAAUUUCGAACCGAAGAAUGUCAGGAAAAUAUAUGAAAACCUUGUUAGUCUUGGCAUUGACUUCGAGAAAUGUGGAAUUAAAUUACCUCAAAUUCUUCAAAAAGAUAUUGAUGUAUUAUUCUACGAGUUACUUGGGCGCGCACCUGAUUCCGAGUUUCCUGCCUUACUAAGUACUGUUCUUCUACAUGGUUGCAACUCAAUUCAGAACGUAUAUCUCGCAUUAUCCACUUUAUCUUACACUGUAGUCGAAGUUAGCAAUACUUUGCUUAGCUAUCCUUUUUAUGACUUCGCUGGCUGCUGUAGGUUCUUCGCAAAGCUCUUAAAUGUUCAUUGUACUCCUUAUCUCUUCACUGCCAUUGAUCACAGCGAAAGAUUUAAAGAAACAUGCUACAGAAAAGACGCUUUGAUUAAUCUACCCCUGUUUGUCCAAGCAAUUUCAGCUUUAAGCACUCCAUCAAAUAUAUCUCAAUUUUCUAUGAAUCCGCCACCCAUUUACAACUACGUAAAUUUAUCUAUAGUCAUAGAUGACCUCUGCAAGCAGCUCAAAACCUCGAAAAUCUAUGCUUUCUUGAGACCAAUUACAUCAUCUUCGCCAAUGGCUCAGCUAGCGUACACAGUUUUGUAUUAUUACGAUAAAGACUUCGAUAUACAAAACAUUGGCUGGGUAUUUUCGAAGAUUGCCUCAAAACAUAUGAUUUUCAUCAAAUAUUCCAAAAUUAAAGAGAUGCCAAAGCUUGCGCAAAUCAUUGCUUUCAUACUGGAACUGAUACUAACAGAGAAAUACCACUUAUUCUUCCUAGAAACUUACAUUCAAACGCAAAAAUUGAUCAAAAUGAAAUAUUCUGUAGAAAGUAUCGUUCUUUUGGUCGAUUCACUUGUUAAACUCCAGAAAAUUUUGCAUGAAGAUAGUCUUCCAUCGUUAAUUGAAGUUUCAGUUGAUAUUGCAAAGCUCCUUAGCUCUAAAUAA